UGGAGGGUUCCGGGCUGCCACCCUCAUCCUCCUGCUGGUGGGCGGGCGGUUCCUCGACAACCGCCCAGCCUGACACCAGAUUGGAGUUCACAUGAUUCUGCCUCAGCUCAGGAAUGGGUAGCCUCCAGCUGGGGAUUUUCUAGAUGAGCUGGGAGGGUUUUCUGCAGGAAUUGAGAGAGGGAGAGCUUGUCGGGUGCAGGGUUAGUCCAUGCACUGCCAAGCUCAGCUGUAGUUGAGGUUUGGGGGUAGAGCUGAGUCAGAGCCGACUUUUGCUGGGUUCUUCUGCAGAGGACUCCUGGGACUGCCGAGGCUGGACCUCACUGCUGGCUCUCCGUAUGUCCCUCAACUGGCUGUAGACACCUCCCUGCCAUUCUUUGUCUUUCUAGGAGGCUCUAGAAAAUUCAGGCGUGGGUAUGGGAUUAGAUUGUUCCCAAACUGACCCACUUGUGGGACAAAAAUCAAUCUACUAGCCCAAGACCUGUGUAUAAAAGAAAUGAAGUAGAAAAUACCAGCAUGUAUAACAAGCACCAAGGGGUUCGCCUACCACCAAUGAUGAACAGAUCUUGAUACACUUGAGUCACCUUCUAGACACAAGAUGCCAAUAGAGAGAUUGACUCCAUCUCCAAGCCCAUGAAGGCUGAGGCCCCUUCUGGCCCAAAGAUGGGGAACAUCACUACAGACAACUCCUCAUUAACCUGCCCCAUCGACCACACCAUCCACCAGACACUGGCCCCGGUGGUCUAUGUGACUGUGCUGGUGGUGGGCUUCCCAGCCAACUGCCUGUCCCUCUACUUCGGCUACCUGCAGAUCAAGGCCCGGAAUGAGCUGGGAGUGUACCUGUGCAACCUGACCAUUGCAGAUCUGUUCUACAUCUGUUCGCUCCCCUUCUGGCUGCAGUACGUCCUCCAGCAUGACAACUGGUCCCAUGGGGACCUCUCCUGCCAGGUGUGUGGCAUCCUCCUCUAUGAGAACAUCUACAUCAGCGUGGGCUUCCUCUGCUGCAUCUCCAUCGACCGCUACCUGGCUGUGGCCCACCCCUUCCGCUUCCACCAGUUCCGAACCCUGAAGGCGGCCGUGGGUGUCAGCGUGCUCAUCUGGGCCAAGGAGCUGCUGACCAGCAUCUACUUCCUCAAGCACAAGGAAGUCAUCGAGGACGAGGACCGGCACCGCGUCUGCUUUGAGCAUUACCCCAUCCAGUCCUGGCAGCGUGGCAUCAACUACUACCGCUUCCUGGUGGGCUUUCUCUUCCCCAUCUGUCUGCUGCUGGCCUCCUACCAGGGCAUCCUUCGGGCGGUGCGCCGGAGCCACGGCACACAGAAGAGCCGCAAGGACCAGAUUCAACGGCUGGUGCUCAGCACCGUGGUCAUCUUCCUGGCUUGCUUCCUGCCCUACCACGUGCUGCUGCUGGUACGCAGCCUCUGGGAGGCCAGCUGUGAGUUCGCCAGGAGCAUCUUCAACAUCUACCACUUCUCUCUCCUCCUCACCAGCUUCAACUGUGUAGCCGAUCCGGUGCUGUACUGCUUCGUCAGCGAGACCACUCACAGGGACCUCGCCCGCCUCCGAGGAGCCUGCCUCGCCUUCCUUACCUGCUCCAGGACAAGCAGGGCCAGGGAGGCCUACCCGCUGGGCGCCCCCGAGGCCUCUGGGAAAAGUGGGGCCCAGGGCGAAGAGCCUGAAUUGUUAACCAAGCUCCACUCAGCCUUCCAGACCCCUAACUCACUGGGAGGGGGAGGGCCGCCCACAGUUGGCUUGGCCUAACUCAAGUCGUCCGUCUGUGAGGCUUGGUUAGGCCUGAGCUAUAUCACCAACAGGCCUUGUGGUCUGGAGCUUGCCUGGUGGCUGCCUCCCACAUUGCCAUGUACAGGUGCCUCUUUCCUCAGGAAGGAAAUGCGGUCUUGGGCCACGGCGAGGGCCCCCUGGCCCAUGGAAGCCCUGUCUGCUCUCGUGUCCUCUGCUGUCACCUGGUCUACAGGUGGGACAGAGUCAGGAUUGUCGCUCCCAGGAGGUUUGCCAAGAUCAGCGGGGCUGGAGCGUGGAGGAGGAGAGGAGGAACCAGGGUGUUCAGCUGCCAAGCCUUCCUGCGCCCCUGUCGUCCCCCGUGACACCAAAUGUGCUGUGGUCUCUGUGACACAGGAAGCUGUCACUACCAAUGCUUGAGCUCACCUCUACAACAAGGCUAGACCGGAAGACUGGUUAAGGGGAAGCAUGGCGGUGGGGCCGGGGGUACCGGUGUGGGUAGGGCAGGAAUAGCGGCAGAGCGGCAGUCCGGGGAGAAGCCCCAGGGCAGACGCAUCUCACUUCUACAGGGCUAAUUGAACAAAUUCACCACCCCCAAGGGCUGAUGGCAAAUAAACAAACUUCAGGGCUCCCUGGGGAGAUGCCAGGGGCCCUUCAAAACAUCAUCCUAAAACUCAAGCAUGAGGACUUGGGCCUGAAGCUGUGUCCCUAGCCAAGUUCCUGACCGUGGGCUUUUUCUUAACUAGCUUUUUGUCUCCAUCUGCCCAGAGUGCUAGACCUGAGAGCCCCAGGGAAGAGAGAGAGGGAGAAUGUACAAAUGGCAGGGUGUCCAUGGCAACUGUGUGCCAUGACAGUUACCCGGGUCAUGUGACUGCUGCCAGUAACUCCUACCCUUCACCCCACACACUAUGGAGCAUCCAGCAGCCUUUGAGAGGAGUGUGGCGGUUUCCCAGAGUCCCUAGGUACAGCCAAACUAACAAAACAGACACAUCGUCAUGUCUCCUGACCACAGGUUUGGGCUCAAGCUCCACUCUGGUAUAAGUAGUUCUGGUAAGAGAGUUGCCAGAGAUGGCUGCACGUCAGAGAGACCCACACCUACCCCAGCCUAGGACCUUGUGGGGCAAUGGUGAGCGCUGAGUGUUCCGCACCUCUUCAUUCCACAGUACUUCCCCCUGUUUUGACCUGCGACUCUGGGUUCUUACUGGCUUGGACUGGAACAGGCUGAGCCUGGCUCCCCUUACUGUGGAGAGCUGUAUUUUUGUAUUGUCAUCUCUCUCAUGUCAAGUGUCCCUGUGUUGGACUGUGAGGUGGAAUUAUGUAGUGACUCCAGUCUGCAAAUAAAACAAAGUAACCAAUCACA